ACACAGCCCAGAGCUUCAUGAAGUCUUGGCACCUCCCUCUGGGUCCUGAACCCUCAGGAGCCAUGCUGCUGUUGCUGACUUUGGCUCUCCUGGCCAGUCCCACCUGCAGAGCCCAGAAUGUCCUGGGGAAUGCUGCUGGCAAGUAUUUCUACGUUCAAGGUGAAGAUCAGGGGCAACUCAAGGGCAUGCGGAUCUUCUUAAGUGUUUUCAAGUUCAUCAAGGGCUUCCAGCUGCAGUUUGGCAAUAACUGGACUGAUGUCUAUGGAUCCCGGUCAGAUAACUUUAUAGACUUCCUUCUGGAGGACGGAGAGCACGUGAUAAAGGUAGAGGGCAGUGCAGUGAUCUGCCUGACUUCCCUGACCUUCACUACAAACAAGGGGCGUGUGGCCACCUUUGGUGUUAGAAGGGGUCGCUACUUCAGUGACACUGGAGGUUCAGACAAGCAUCUAGUGACUGUCAAUGGAAUGCAUGCACCGGGCCUCUGCGUCACAGGGAUGGGCUUCAAAUGGGAAGAUAAUGCAAAGGACUUGGGGUCCCCAGAGCCUGUGAAAGAGCCAAAGGACAGCUCUGACAGUUCCAACAAGAAGGAAGAUGAAGGCAGAGGCAAGGAUGAUGAUGACAAUGAUGAAGAUGAGGAUGACAAUGAUGAAGAUGAGAAUAAUUAUGGCAACGAUGAUGAUGACGAUGAUAAUGAUGACCAGAAAGAUGAAAGCUGAGUAGCAUGCUCAGAGCUCAGUCCUGCAUCUCCACAUGGCAGCGCCUCCUCUCAGCCAAGCUCUCCCACUGGAGGAAGUAAUAUACCAGGAGACUCCAGGCUGGGGGGAGCAAAGCCCAAAUGCCUUUAUCUCUGUCUAAUAAACUAUGUGCAUCUAUGUG